AUGUCAUCUCACUCGCAUGAACACGCCCACGCCCACGGCUAUGGUCACGGUCACUCUCAUGAGCACGGUCACGACCAUAGCCAUGACAAUGCUCAUGCUCAUGCCCAUGACCACGACUCGACAGUCGAGCAUAACGCAGCCUACUUCGACGAACUAGCCGAGAGAUACGAGAACGUUCGUGGCGCUCGCGAGCUGAUCGGGCACCUCGGUACUGUUAUGCGCGACGCUGCAUCCUUCGACAAGGAAAGCACAACCGUGCUUGACUUCGCCUGUGGUGUUGGCAUGCUCUCGCGCCAACUCAUUCCGCAUGUGAAAACCAUCACCGGCGUCGACAUUAGCAAAGGCUCUAUUGGUGCUUAUAACCGCAAGACCGCUGAGACGGGUGCGGCUGAGAGGAUGAGCGCAGUGGCUCUUGAUCUUAAAGGUGCUCCGGGUGAGCUCGACGAUAAGAAGUUCGAUGUUGCAGUGUGCACUAUGGCAUUCCAUCACUUCGCUUCACCCGAGGCAUACACCAAGACGCUUGCGUACUACCUCAAGCCGGGUGGCAAACUCCUCGUCGCGGAUUUCAUGCCAACCGCCGCUUUCGAUGAUUCGAACACGACGGAGAAGAUGCGCGCUGCAGUUCCGCACAUGAAAGGCUUCCCGGAGAGCACGAUGAAGGAGAUGUUCGAGAGCGCCGGCUUGACCGAGUUCAAGUACACCAAGGUAUGGCGCGGUCCCGCACCUAUGCCGGACGCCAAUAUCCCAGAUGAAGAGCGCAUGAUCGAUGUGUUCCUGGCGGAGGGUACUAAGCCCAAGCUGUGA